UUGACCCGAAACGUCAACAAUUCCUUUCCCUCCACAGAUGCUACUCGACCCGCUGAAUUCCUCCAGCAGUUUUUUUUUGCUCCAGAUUUCCAACAUCUGCAGUCCCCUGUGUCACAGAGUGACACAAGAGACUGCAGAUACUGGAACCUGGAGGUACAACGGCAACAGUUUAAACAGGAAAUUAUCCUGGACAAGUUUAAGUUAUAUUUAGAAAUUGAUACUAAAAAAACCUUAGAAAGCAAUAAAGGUUUUCUCCUCCCGAGAAACGAAUUAAUUCUGCCUUCUCUUCCAAGUCCCAGCACCCAGCCGGAACCAUCUUCCGUCACCAGGCGCAAACUAACGAGUCGGAGCGCGGAAGGGCCGGACGGGAAAUGGCGCUGGACUUUCGCCGACGCUAGCUCCUGAACUGAUAACAUUCAUUCAUUAACACGGGCUCUCGCAUGAUGAGUGAGCUUUGGACUCCAAUUGCAAAACAAUACAACCCUCUAAAAGCCGGAAGCAUCGAUGGGACGGAUGAGGAGCCCCACGACCGAGCUGUCUCGAGGGCAAUUGCAGCCAAGUACAGACCAAAUAAGGGUGUCAUAGGAGAUCCUCACCUGACCCUCUUUGUUGCCAGGUUGAAUCCUCAGACUUCUGAGGAAAAGUUAAAAGACACUUUCUCCAGAUUUGGAGACAUUCGUAGACUGAGGCUUGUGCGGGACAUUGUUACUGGGUUUUCCAAAUGCUACGGUUUCAUCGAAUACAAGGACGAGCGCUCUUUAUUAAAGGCACAUCGGGAUAGCAAUAAAUUAGUGGUGGACCAAAAUGAAAUAUUUGUUGAUUUUGAAUUGGAACGGACUUUAAAAGGAUGGGUCCCACGGAGAUUUGGUGGAGGAUUAGGAGGUAAAAAAGAAUCUGGCCAGCUACGGUUUGGUGGGAGGGAUCGUCCGUUUAGGAAGCCUUUCAGUCUGCCAGCACUGAAAGCAGAACUGUACACGGAGGGACCAGUUGACAAACUGGAUAGAACAAGGGAUAACUGGAAAUGGGAGAGAGGUCGAGAUCGGGAAAGACGAAGAGAGGAGAGGGCCGAGGAAAGAGAAAAGCAUGAUGGAGAUAGAGAGCGGUACAAAAACAGGGAAAGGGACCAUAAACGCCAAAGAGAUGACGAUCGAUAUAAAGAUGAAGACAGACACCAACGCAGGGAGAGGCAUAAAAUACGACGGUAGAAGCUAUUACUGCAUUUUAUCCCCCAAGGGAAAGAUUAAAACUCUUUAACAAAUAUUCUACCACAGUCUGCCUAACCUUUUUAUUGCUUAACAUAAAUGUACAUUGUGGUGGCAUAAAGUAUUUAAUACUGUUUGUAGGAUGGCAUGUUACUGGAGAGAGGGGUUUCUCAGUGCUAUUAUUUGUUUCUUUUAAAUACAUAAAAUAUUACUUAUUUCCCUCAAGUUCUCUACAUAGUAUUUGGAUACAGUUGAUCUUCUUGCAUUUUGCUUAGUUUCCAUUUUAAUUGGAUUAUAACAAAUGGGCUGAUGAUCCUGGCAACUAUGUGUGCAUUACUGGAUGGUGUCAUAAAAAGGAACUCUGUCCAUCUCAAACUUCACUGAUGCAAUGUAGUUCCGCCAUUAUUGCUCCAGUUGAACAAAUAACUGUUAAAAGAAUUCAGAUCAAGCUUUACUUAUGUGCAAAUCAAAGAACUGCAGCUAUUGGAAAUCUGAAAUAAAAGCAGAAAAUGUUGGAAACACUGACAUGCUGGAAAAUUGCAUCUGUAGAAAGAGAAACUAUUAACAUUUCAGAUCAGAAGCAGGUUGUCAUAACCAAUUUCUUCUUGUCAGAAUCAAAACAAUCUAGCUAAAAAGUUAACUCUGUUUCACUUUCCAUAGAUACUGCUGUACCUAUUCAGUUUUUCUAGCAUUUUCUGGUCUUGUUUCAUUUAUAUGGCUUUUUUUUUAAGGAAUAUAUUAUUUAGUAUUUAAUUUAGAUUGCAUAAAUUGGUAUUUUUCUACAACAUAGUUGGUUUUCAUCUUUCAGUUUUCAAUGAAACAUUAAUAGCUUCUAUGCUUAAUUUAGACGGUGAUUUGCUGAUUUUAUUUCACUCAGACCUACCAGUUUAGUACUUAGAUGCACAAUUUAAUAAAAAAUUCUACUUUUGUUUACAUUGACUAAUAGUGGCGUGGUUCAAAUUUUGAAAUGUUUAAGUAAGUUUUUCUAUCUUGUAAUAUCUUUUGGAAAUAUCGAUGAUAUUUUAUUACUGACCAGUGUACUGGCUAGAAGCCACAUUCAUUGGUAUUCCAGCAAUUUCCCUUUCCUUCAAUUUUAAUUUGUAAACUUUGCCUACUGUGAGUGAGAUACGAUUCUACGAUUGUCGGUUGCUAUCUCCACUUCACAAAAGUGCCACAAAGUUGUGUGUUGAAAGACUGUUCUGCCUGCAAAUCAGCUAAACCAAGACUAAUUUGCAGCAUCAAGGUGUCUGCAUGGGCAUCGUCUUUUAAUGAGAGAGCAAACAAAGGUUCCCUGA